AGAGGUCAUUUCAGUUGUUUUUCGACCAAAAGUCGGUGGCUACUUUUCGCCGAUUUUUUUGCAUCCACAUUUUGGCUUUUGGCGAGGGGCACAAAACAGUGUCUCGCGGCUGCUUAGUUCUGUAUAUCGAGCAACAGGUAUUCUUUCCUGUUCUGUUGCGUAAUUGUUCGCGUGUUUGUCCUCUUGUAAAGUGUUUUGUGCGUUUAUUUACGUCUAUAUAUUCAACGACUGGGAGGUCGAACCUUUUUCCUCAUAGUGCCAACUAGCUCUAUUACGACACGGACAAUUUCAAAGAGACCAAAAAGGUUUGGUUCUCCAUGUCGAUCCCUUUCGCCGAUAUGGAUCGUGACGAUGACGAUGGCGUCGGUUUUGUGGCCGAAAGUCACUACUUGAAAAGUCCAACGGUGGCUGAACAGCAGGCCAUGAGGCUCCUUCAAGUGCCCACAAGUCCUGGAAGAGAGGGCAGCAUUUCCUCUAGUGUUAGUGACUUGGAUGUUCCCAUUUAUUCAUCGGAGAAUUUGACUACAAGACCACGAAGAGAAGUUCCUUCGGGCUUCAAUGGAAGAUUGGCAUUUGCCAUUGCGGCCUCAGCUUUGGGCUCAUCCUUUCAGCACGGUUACAACACUGGGGUUCUUAAUAAUCCCGCCAAAAUUAUUGAGCAAUGGAUAAACGCAACGAAAACCGAACGGGACACGGUAAUACCAUCCCAGGAGAAUAUCACUUUGAUCUUUUCCUUCAUGGUGGCAAUUUUCUGCGUUGGUGGUAUGAUUGGCGGUGCCAUUACUGGCUUCGUUGCUGAACGUUUUGGAAGAAAGGGCGGAUUGCUGCUGAACAACAUUCUGGUGUUGCUGGCUGUGAUUUGCAUGUCUUCAUCGAAGGCGGCAGCAUCUUAUGAACUGAUCAUUCUUGGCCGAUUUUUCAUUGGUAUCAAUUCGGGUUUGAAUGCCGGACUUGCGCCAAUGUAUUUAGCGGAAAUUUCACCGGUGAAUCUGAGAGGAGCCGUCGGUACCGUCUAUCAACUGGUUAUCACCAUUUCCAUUCUCAUAGCUCAAGUGGUUAGUUUGAGGUCGAUUUUGGGCACUGAAAGUCACUGGCCCAUUCUUCUAGGAUUGACCAUCAUUCCUGCCAUUUUCCAAAUGGUUACGCUGCCAUUCUGCCCUGAAUCGCCCAAAUAUCUCCUACUGUCGAGAGGACGAGACCUGGAGGCCCAAAAAGCCCUAUCGUGGUUCCGCGGGACUUUGGCUGUGCAUGAUGAAAUGGAUGGGAUGAGGGCCGAGUACGACGCAAUGAAACUAGUGCCGAAAGUCACUGUUAGAGAACUGAUCACCAACAACGCCCUGAGGAUUCCUCUUAUUAUUUCCUUGACUGUGAUGGUGGCCCAACAACUAUCCGGAAUCAAUGCUGUGAUGUUUUUCUCUACGCAAAUCUUCAAAAUGGCAGGCCUGAACGAUGCCAACUCCACAUACGCCACAUUGGGAAUGGGCGGAAUCAACGUCUGCAUGACCGUCGUUUCUCUGUUCUUGGUGGAAAAAGCUGGAAGGAAAACUCUGCUCCUGAUUGGGUUUGCUGGCAUGGCCAUCGACACUGCCCUGCUUACAAUCAGCAUGGCGUUUGCUGGCCAGUCUCAAGCCAUUGGAAUUCUCUGCGUGAUCUUCGUCUUGGUCUAUGUGAUCAUGUUUGCUACCGGCCCUGGUUCCAUUCCGUGGUUUUUGGUGUCCGAGCUCUUCAAUCAAGCAGCCCGACCUACAGCCAGCGCCUUGGCUGUUUGCAUCAAUUGGACAGCCAAUUUCCUUGUCGGCUUGGCCUUCCUACCGCUAGCACAAAUCAUGGGGGCGUAUGUAUUCAUCAUUUUCGUCAUACUUCAAUGCCUGUUCCUGCUGUUUAUCUACAAGAAAGUACCAGAAACGAAAAAUAAAUCUCUCGAAGAGAUAUCGGCAAUGUUCAGGCAGCAGUCCUAUCAAUAAGACUGGAAGGUAAUCACUAUUUAUGGCUAGAGUAAGUAAUCAUAUAUCAUUUAUGGAUGUUAAAAAAUUGUCGAAUUUUAUCCUACAUUAGCAUAAAAGUUAUAAGUGAAAUCCCAGUGUCAGGAUUGAUCCAAUAGUAUUUUCCUCCUCGAUAAAAAGGACUUGACGCUGUUCGAUGUGUCAUAUUAGUAGAUGAGCAUCUAUCUAUAUAAUGUAUAUGUGUACUGACUGAUGAUUUUAAGAGAGUUAUUUUUAAUAAUACUAAUGCCUUGAUUAAGCAGUUUAUCAUAACGCCCAUUUGAUAAUUAACUAUUUAUUUAAACGGUUGAUAAACCUUUUUAUCCUAGUACAAUGAUCGUUUUUCUGAGAGCAAACAAUUGCAAGCAUUACAGCAUGUUUUCCAGACAAAAAAGCAUUGUCAUGCCUUAAAGUGAUGGCUCGAUUUUACCUACAUUCGCAUCAAUGUUUCACUUUAACGGCACAACUAACUAAUUAAUGCCCUAUUUAUUUGCAACAGUAAUACUCAUGUGUCCCUAUUGAGAUGUGGCAUCUAUUUUUCUAUUUCAUUGUACAAUUAGGUCCAGUUCAACUGAAAUUUACUUGUUGCCUAAUUCACCGUGGAUCUGCUAUUAUUUCUAAUACCGAAGCUCUCUAGAUAUUAACUAAUUUUUCUCUGUUCUGUGUUUGUUUCUCCUCCUGUAUCCAGAUUUAGUGGAUUUGAUACCUAUUUUCAAGCAUGUGGCAAUUUAUUAGCUUAUUGCUAAUUAUGACCGCUAUUAAAUUGCCAUUGACUAUAUUAAAAAUGCGCCUUCAAACGCAUACAGAACUCAUUUAAUAUAAAGACAUUAUUAGGCUAAUUUAUUUAUAAAGCGACUAUGGUAAAUAUCAAAGUGUAGAUGUUAAUAAUCCUUGUAUGCUCUAAAAUGCAAAGAUCUGCAAAGGUUUAGUUGUUCGGUUCGAGCUUUAUUAAAAAAAGCAAUGUUUUCUAGUCCAAAAAGGCCCAAUAAGUUGGUUGUGUGGAGAGAACGAUUAUUAAUAAAUUAUACAGUGGGUUACUACCUGAACCAAUACGUUUGAAAAAUAAUAAUUCGUUAGGCAAAUAAUUUGAAAAAACGUCUAUUUCAAAACGUACUGACUGUACAAUCAGAUAUACAAUAACCGAACGUUUUUUUAUGUGAACAUGUUCUGAUUGUGAUUGUCGCUGUUUUGAUUGUAAAUAAUUAUACGAUUUUUCUAAUUUUUAAGUAGCAACAAAUUGUAUUCUUUUUAGUAGUGGCAAUAGUUCUUAGAUUUGUUUUAAAUUAUAUUAGUUUUUUUUGCA